AUGUCAGAGCAGGAUGUGGGCUUCCAGAGGCCUGCUGCUACUAGAACUGUUGAUGCUGCUGUUGAGCUCCGGGACCCUGGAAAUCUGCUGCCUCUGGACCUGUUAGUUCGAGUCCUCCCAGACCCUUCACAAGCUCCGUCCACACAUAUACACAUGGUCCAGUCCCGAGGCUCCAGAGGUCUGCGUCUGUCUGCACCGCUCAGCUUCCCAGCCACUCAAGUCUUUACAAACUGUGAGCACUUCCCAGAGGAGUUCUCUCUCGUGGUCACGUUCAAGCUCCAGUGGCUCAGACCUAAGAGAAAUGAGUGGCUCUUGUCUCUGCUGGAUGAGGGCUCAGAGGGCUCUGGGGGCAGACUGUUGCUGGGCCUGCGUGUGUCCAGAGAUCAGCUGCACUUUCUGUUUCCUGAGGGGGGCACGGGACACAGGCGGAGAGUCACGUUUAAGGAGGUAGCACUAGACAAUGCCCACUGGCACACCCUGAGCCUGGCCGUGACAGGACAUUACUUCAGCCUGACCGUGGACUGUGGGCUGCCUCUGGAGAUAAAGCAGAGCCAGCCCUUUCCUAGCGCACUUAACACCAGAGGAGCACACUUCUAUGUGGGCAGCGAUGGGCGGCAGAGAGGAGAUGUCUUUUCUGGCCUGCUUCGACAGCUGGUCCUGCUCCCUGGGUCAGACGGCUCUCUCAGACUGUGCCCCUCCUAUGACCCCUCUGUGUCGGAGCUUUCUGUCCCCACAGCACUGAAGACCAGUCUAGUCCAAACACAGGGGCAGGCCUACCCCUAUGAGGCUGAGGUGCGAGUGACGGGGGGUACCACACCUGACUGCACAGGUCUGGAGGAAGGACAGCUGUGGUUCAACACUGGCCUCAAAGCACUGUACCUGUGUGACGGGGGCCGAUGGACUUCACUGCUGCACAGUAAACAGCGCCUGGACUAUGUGGAUGACUACCAAGAUCUGUACACGAACUCGGAGACCUUCGAUGUGGAGGUCUUCACCAUUCCCAACGAGGGCCUGUUCCUGGCCACAGCCAACAGAGACUCUCGCUCCGGCUCAGGCAUCUACAAGUGGAUCCUGGGCUCCUUCCAGAAAUAUCAGAACAUCAGCACCCAUGAGGCCCGUGCCUGGAAGUACUUCACCAUCAGUGGCAAGCACUUCCUAGUGGUAGCUAACUCGGGCGAGGUGCAGCAGGAGCGUUCAGUGUUGUACCGUUGGAGCCCAGUCCGGAGGCGCUUUGUACAGCAUCAAACCCUGGACACACACUCAGCUCUGGACUGGGAGGCCUUCCACAUUCACAACCACAGCUUUCUGGUGGUGGCCAAUCACAGACAAGCUCGAGACUCAAACCACAACAUCGACAGUGUGCUCUACAGGUGGAACCCUCUAACCAAGCUGUUGGAGGUGCACCAGACCCUCCGCACUGUGGGGGCCUAUGACUGGGAGUUCUUCUCAGUGAGGCAGUACCAUUUCCUGGUGGUGGCCAACACCUUCGACGGUAGAACCACCUCUGUGAGCUCCACCAUCUUCAUCUGGAACCAGGGACACUUCCAGCACUUCCAGGACAUCCCGACACAGGGGGCAGUGGACUGGGAGGCCUUUUCGUUUGAGGGCAGGUAUUUCCUGGCUGUAGCCAACAGUCAGAGAGUGUCUGAGACAGGCCCCAGCGAUUACAACAUCAACUCCACUAUCUAUGAGCUCCACCUACUAACACUCAGCUUCCUGCGCUUCCAGGACGUGCUCACCCACAGUGCAGUGGAUUGGGAGUUCUUUACAGUUGGAGAUGAAAGGUUCUUGGUGGUUGGAAACUCUCAUGAUGGCAGCUCGUACUCCCUGAAUAGUGUCAUCUACAGAUGGCAGGGAUACGAAGGCUUUGUGCCCGUCCACACUCUGCCCACAUUCGGCUGCAGAGACUGGGAGCACUUCUCCACCACAGAUGGUUCAUUCCUGGUGUAUUCUAGUGCCACUUCCAGGCUCAGUAAGGUAUUCCGCCUCAAGACCUACUGAUGUACCAUACUUUAUAUUAGAAAUGUCUUCAUCGAAGAACGUAUUAAAAUGAACUAUUAUAAGCUUGUAUUCAUAAACACUGGCACCAGGCUAAUGGACUGAUGAAACAGUAAGCUAUUUAUAGAAAAGUAUUUUUAACAGAUAA